AUGCGCCUGGCCUUCAUUUGGCUUGUUCUUUCUACGUUCGAGCUUGGAACUUACAUGGCCGCCAACACUGCAAAUGUCACCAGUGCUGACCAGGCCUUGGACCUCAACAACAUCCGAAGCGUGCUGCAGAGGAUGGAGGAUUCUAUUAUUUUUAGCCUGAUUGAGCGCUCCCAGUAUCGAGUGAACAAUGCUGUCUAUGAGCCCAACUACAAGCCACUCGGAAGGUUCAAGCUGCAUCAGCUGAAAUCUUCGGGGUCGAACGGAUGCCUCGGUGACUGGUUCAUCUACCAGACUGAGUGUUUACACUCUCAAGUGAAGAGGUACGAGCACCCAACCGAAUUUUCCUUCUUCAAGCCGCUGCCAGAGCCCAGUCUCGGCCAGACCAUCAGCGAAGCAAGCCCCACCAGCAGCAGAGGCGAGGACGGGUCGGUCUUGGCUCCCGUGCCACCGGAGGCGGUGGUGAACUCGAAGCUGCUGGAAAUCUACAGAACGAAGAUGAUCCCUUCGCUGUGUGAGGAAGGCGACGACGGAAACUACGGCUCAACCGCAGUGCAAGACGUGCAUGUGCUCCAAACCAUUUCCACGAGGAUCUACUACGGUCUGUUUGUCGCGGAGUCCAAGUUCCGGAGUGAGCGCGAGAAGGCGACCGAGCUCAUCAAGGCCCGUGACGAGGAUGGACUGACGGCGUUCAUCACGAAGCCAGAAGUGGAGAAGCGGAAUGUCCAAAGAGUCAUCCUCAAGGCCAAGGCUUUCUCAAGGAACAUUGGGGGCCAGGCCGAUGAGGGCAACGGCGACAACACAACAUACAAGGUCAACCCAGAGUACAUCGGUGCCUUGGCUGCAGAUAGCCAAGCUCGCCAGACCUAG